AUGUUUGGAAUACAUUUGAGGCAGUUAUACCGCACCUGUGAUAAGGUUAUAAUUCGUAACCUCAGAAGUCGCAGGAUUGAUGGUAUUAAACCAAAUCCUGGACUCAACAAUCGAUUGAAAGCUUUUCAAGAAGAUGGUAUGCAAAUAAAAGAAGAAAACCUCGAAGAAUUCGUCGAACAAUCUGAGAGUGACUUUUAUAAUGUUGGACAAGCAUACAAAGAAUUUAAAAAGGAGACCUUAGUGGGUAAACAUGAACUACGUCAUCACAUCGUUAAGGACAAGUACUUCAAAGAGCACAUGCCCAACUUACUGACUUGGAGUGAAAAGGAACAAAUCCGUCACUUGGCCAGCAGUGAACCCGAUGAAUGGACACCGGAGAGGAUUGCAGAGAGCUUUCCUGUAACCGUACCUUUUGUUAAGAAACUACUCAAAUUCCCAUGGAAACCAGCUACAGAAGAGCGGAUCGCGCGUCAUGAUGCCUCAGUCAUGAGGAAUUGGAGGGAACUAAAAGAGGGAUCCUUAGACAUACCGCCAGAGCUUAGGGAACAUUUCUUGAAAUUCUCUGAAAGAACUAUUCCUCCAUUGAAGAAGGAAUCUAUUAAAAUUGACAUCACACCUGAAAGGGAUCUUGGCGAGUUCGAGAGGAUUGUAAGAAAAUGUGCAGCUAAGGAACAUUAUGAGGCAAACGCUGGGCCUACCAACAGUAAUGAACCUCUUGCACUACAAAGUCCAGAUACUAAAACAAAUUCAAAAGAAAAACCACCAAAAAGAUCGGAUAAAUUUAUAACCUUCGAUGAACUUACUGCGAAAAUUAAGAAAAGUUUAGAUAAAGGUAAUCAAGUUGAUAUUAAGGAUAGAAUUAUUUUAAGCUCAACAGAAGAACUAAGACCUAGCCCUGUAGAGACAGUUCCUAAGAAGGAGGUCCAUCAAGAAUUGGAACUGUUCCAUGAUAAAUACCCUGAAAGUGGUAUAGUAGAGUUUAGGAGUGAAGUUGAAGAUCCAAAGGAGAUUAUGAAUUAUCCAGAAAGGAUAAGAAUUCCUAAAAAGGCAUACAAGAAAGGAGCCACAUAUAAAGUUAAUGAUUGCUAUUACGAUCAUGAUGGUAGAUUCUUAUACAGAGUAUUAGGCAUGUCUCAAUAA